AUGGCUCUACAUGGGAACGAUCAGUCCCAUUUUUCAAGGGGAGAAGGUGUAACGUCCGAUAACUCCCUUUUAACUAAUACUACGUCUCUAUUUCACAAUGUUAAUAUUAACACUCACAUGCCAAACUACCCUCUGGAUCCUUAUCACCAACAAAAUGCGAGUUUUCUUCUUAGGAAUUUUUCAAAUCGUCCUGAUAUAACUCUUCCUCACUGUUAUCCGAUUGGUCCCGAUAAUCAUUCGGACACUAAUCACAUUGCUGGUGGUGGUGAUUUUCCUACUCGUCCCAGUGCAUCUCAUACAAAUAAUCCUUCAGAUGGUAGCGCGCAUGACAUUUUUGGGGAUCGGUCUCAAGGCAAUGGUGUACAUGUCGUCAGAACUCGAAGGCGAAAAGCAGGUGGCGAAAAUGGUUCAUCUCGUUGUUGUGUCGUUUGUGAGGAACCGGCUUCGGGUUAUAAUUUCGAUCGUCUAACAUGUGAAAGUUGCAAAGCCUUCUUUCGUCGAAACGCUCUCAAACCAAAGGAAAAGAUUAAGGCGUGCAGUCGAAAUGGCGAUUGUGUCAUUGUGGGAAACCAACGCAAGCAUUGUCCCUCUUGCAGAUUAGAAAAAUGUCUGGCAGUUGGAAUGAAAAAGGAACUUAUUCUUCCUCCGGAGAAAUUGGAACAGCGUGCCAAGCCAAAGCGUCGAAGGCAAAACGCCAAUACUGAUGAGGCAUCAACCUCCGGUCCUGGCCCAUCUACUAUCAUGCCUUUCGGGACCCACGGCGGUGGUGGAGGCUUUUCCCAACCGCCAAACCUUCAUCCACAGGCUGCUAAUCUCGUCGGUUCUCGGGUUCCGCAAAAUCAGUUCGGUCCAUCUGAAGCUCAUGAAUUUAUGUCCACGCGCAAUCUAAACAAUGUAAGUGGGUGA